GGAUCCAGCAUCUAGCAGUAGGGAAGUGUUGGGUGUCAUGGUGUUAGCUCGGUGCAUUCGUUCCUCAGCUUCUUCUGUAUAGGGGUACGGAGAGCUAUACAGGAGGAGAAGGUGGCAUGAGGAGUUGGCACUGCGCCUGUCUGCAUCCAUACAAGACGUGCACUUAUCCCCUAGCGUCUGGGGAUCCAGUGCUUUCAGUUUCAACGGACACAGAGGCAGGAGCAGCAGCAAACACAUCAUCUCUUCCCCCUGACUGCAGGGUUAUUCCUCAUAAGACAAGUAUUACUCCCUGGAGUUUUUCUUUUGUUUCCACCGCUUUCUGCUCACACUACAAAAUAAUUGAUUAUAUUCCAUUCCUGGAUUUUGAGUGAAAGUUUGUGCCGGAAUAGUUACAUCUUAAGGAUUAAUCUAGAAAUUUCACAGUGUUCAUACAUACAUACAGAAAUAUAUAUAUAUAUAUAUAUAUAUAUAUAUAUAUAUAGUCUCCUAUUUAUUAGGAAGUUAAAGAAUGAUGAUGACCAGCGCCACCACUGACCAUGUGAAAAUGGAGCCUCCCUUUUAUCAUGAGGAUACUCUGAAUUUGCAGGAUUUUGCACAGAUCUCAGGAUACAGUGCUGGCACUACUGGAAGCACCACAGGUCCUCAUCAAGCUAGUGGGGGAGAUAGUGGAGUCAGGUACACUCCAGAACAUAAAAUGAUGAGUGCCAACAUUAUAAUUCAGGGGGGCAGCCUAAAAAAGAAAAGCUUGACCCCUGUUCCAUCUGUUUCAGUUACAGCAGCUGUCAUUCCUGUUGGAUUCUCUGAAGUUAUUACUCAUGGAAGUGAUGCACUGAAGUUGAUUCAAGGUGUGGGCAGUGGACUUGGUGAAUCUUCAGGAGGUGGCCAUGAUAUUGUGGUUGGAAAUGACCUUAAUCCAGUGCCAGUUACAGUAGAUGGAGGUGCCAUAGUGGUGGCUGCUGGAAACACUACCGCAAGCAGUAGCAACAAUGGCAGCACCCCAUCAGAUGUCUCUCUUCUUCCUUCUGCUUCAGCUGCUGCUCUGAAUCUUCUUAAACUUUCUCCUCCUGAACUAGAGCAUCUCCUAAUACAGGCUGCCAAUCCUGGUCUUUCAGCCACAUCCAGCAGUAAUCCCAAUCCUGCUCCAGUGGUCCCCCCACAGCAGGGUACACCAGUACCUGCAACCACAGUCCCACAUCCAUUCCUGUACCGCAACCAACAAGUUAUCACUCAAGAGCAGGAAGGAUUUGCAGAUGGCUUUGUAAAAGCUUUAGCAGAUCUACAUAAACAGAAUCAGUUAUUGGGGGCACCUAUUUCACCAUCAGCUCUUGCUACAGGCUCUCCCUCUUAUCCUACUCGCUCACUGCAUCCAGCUGGAGAAGUACCUGUCUACACUAAUCUCAGCAGCUUUAACCCAGUAGCUGCUGCUUCCCAACUGAGUCCAACUCUUCCUCAGCCUCCACCUCCAGCUACUUAUGCUGGUAAUUCUGCCAGUACUACACCAGCUGUACAGUUACAUUUCCCAGGGCUAAAUCGGCUACAUACAGUAAGGGGUCCACUAGAUGAACCACAAACUGUGCCUGAUGUGUCCCAGUCUAGUGCUACAGCAGGUAGUGCAGGGGAUACAAGCACACCCCCUUCUCUUUCUCCAAUUGAUCUAGAGACACAGGAGAGAAUCAAAGCAGAGAGGAAAAGACUAAGAAACCGAAUUGCUGCCUCAAAGUGCCGUAAAAGGAAGUUGGAGCGAAUUGCACGCUUAGAAGAGAAGGUAAAAGUGCUCAAGUCUCAGAACUCUGACCUGGCAUCCACUGCCAGUCUCCUGCGAGAGCAAGUAUCUCAGCUGAAACAUAAAGUUAUGAGUCAUGUUACUAGUGGCUGUCAAAUAGCUGUGGCCAAAUCUUCACCAGGGUCUAAGACAGGAGAUGCCUCUACUUGUUGAAAAGUUAAAAGAAGACAACUAUUUAUAGUUAUAUGAAAAGCAACAAAUGACUCCCACAGAGUUGAGACCGCGGAGAUAGCCUCCUCAGAAGUGGGUUGCAACAUUUACUUAAUUUGGCUGUCUUGCCUUUUUUAUUUUCCUAUUUUUUUUCCUCUGAGGCAAGCUGUUUGUUUAAAAUGUAGAGACCAAUAAGUAAAAAUAUAACGUGCUCAUGGAGUAGUAGAAUAGCACACACACAGAACGUGCAGAUAUGCCAAAAAGACAAGCUGUUGUCAGUCAUACUCUUGUCGGGAACUGGUGAGACAUGUUCAGCCAUUCUAACAUGCGGUAAAGCAGCUUGAUUGUUCACACAGCAUUGCAUUAUGUGAGGGGAAGGAACUCUACAAUACUGUUUGUUACAAGCAGCAAAUAAUCUGCAAGGAUUAUAAUUAUUUUUUCAAGACCAUAGGGUGACAUUGAGCCUCUGCGAAUGAGCUUAUACAAUCUCUCCCUCCACCCAGCCUUUAUUUAACUCGCUGGACCUGUUUGGAUUUGUUGCUCCACAAACAGAAUAACUGCAUUCUGUACAACGUAAAAAGGGAUAAAGGAGCCUAUCAAUGUGGAUAGCAAAGGGCAAUCACAUACAGAUGUUAAGGAACAACAUUUGGCAUGUUUACUUAGGGUCUGGGAUCAUUUAGAAACUUACAUGUAAAUAGAAAUACUUCUUACAUUUUAUUUUACUAUCUAGUGCCAAAGUUUUUAUUGUGGAUCAAAUGAAUUUCCCUAUCCCCUUCACAGGCAGGUAUUUUAGAAAGUGGCAGAUUAUAUCUAAUACUGACAGAUAUGGAAUAUUACUUUUUGCUGCCAAGCAUUUAUGGUUAAAAAAUACUCCCCAUCCAACACACUCCAAAAGAAACCCUUUAGUUGUUUCUGUAAACUUGGAGUAAUACUCAUUUCUCUGUAGGACUCUUCUGUAAUGCUUGGAUUUAUCAGCUAUUGUUUUGAAUGCUUUAAAUUUACAAUGUUACAAAAAUGUACAAAGUAAAGUGAUUCAGGGAGUUUGCCGAUAUGUCAUUGCUGAGAGGAUAGCAGACCUGGGGCUGUGCUACUCAGUAAAUGAACUCAAGCAUCCUUAAAGGGGUACUCUGACCCUAAUACAUCUUAUAUCUGAUCUAAUAUACUGUAUAUAUCUAAUACAUCUGAUCCCCGCAAUCUGUCAUUCACCACCCAAUUUUGGAUAGGGGAUAAGAUGUAUUAGGGCCGGAAUACCCCUUUAAGGUCAUAGAUAACAUAUCUGCAAAAACAAGUUUUUGUUGAGAAUAGCGUAUGUUAUUGAGGUUAACACAAGCUAUAAAGAGCUAGAGGGAAACAGAUGAUUCAAUUCUGCCAUGUGUUCAGGCAGCACAAUCGUCUAAGUAAAUGUUCUUUUUAUCCGCAUUUAUCUGCCGAAGCUAUUUAAAGGACGCUCACAAAUUUUGAGACAAUACUUUCUAGAUAUUCUAAGUAUUUAAAGUCCUGUAACAGUAGAUGGCAAUGAAGUGCUUAGACUGAGAAAUAGAUUUUAUUUAUUGUACUCGGUCUGAAGCAAGACUUUAAAUAUUAUGUAUUACAUUUUUGGGGUAUUGCACUAAGGUCUAAAUGUAUUUUUGUAUACUAAAGUGAUGUGUUUAAAUUACAAGCAAAUUAUUUAAUAUUUAAUUUUGGAAAAGCAGGGACCAUGUUGCUUUCUUAUCUACUUGUAAAGUAUGUUUAUAAAACAUUGAAAGCUAUUGGCCCUGAUAUCAAAACUCUAUUUUUUAAGUACAGAAAAGCUUUGUGUACCAGUAAAGGUUUACUUUUAAAACAUAUGCAGAUACAUCUCUGAUAUUGAUCUAUAGCACUUGUGCUAUUUAUAUGUGACUAUAAGCUAAGUUAUAUUUUUGUUUAACUUGGCCCUUUGGCUCAGGAUCCAAAACAAGGCCCUUUAAACUUUUUGUUGGGUACUUUUGUCUACAGGUAGGAAUACAUAUGGCUUAAAAACAUCAUUAUAGAAAUCAAGGAAAUACAUUUAUUCCAGGCAUAUUAUUUGAAUCCUGACCACAAAGGGUUAAGAUGAUGUAUGAUUGACUAAGCUUCUAUCUGCAUUAUAUUUAAACAUCCAUGACAAAUAUCAGACUUUUUUAUGGUAUAUAUUUAUUUUCUGAAUAUAAAUGUCAUUGUAUUUUUGCUAGAAUAUGAAAUGUGUAUAUUAAAAGCUAUCUGGUCAUUGCACAUUGUAUUCAAUUUGCAAUUUAGACAUGGAUGUUCAUAGAAUGAGAGGGAGAAAUCUUUUUUUCACGUUGGGUUUAUUUUCCCUCCAUACUGUGAGCAUUGAUAUUUUAUUUAUUUAUUGAAACUUGAAGUUUUUCGUGUUUUAAGACUUCUAUUUUUGUAAGAAGCUGUUCUAAAGAGGCUGGUUUGUGAGUAACAAUACCGAUCUAUGCCUCUUCUUUCUCUUUUGUAAAGUGUACAUUCCAGCUCUGCACAAUGUAUGUGAUUGUUUUUUUUAAUCACAUGUCAGUGCUCUAAAAAGUGACAAGUUAAGGGCUCCUAACUUUUUGGGAUUAUGUUUUCUAGUAUGUUUAUUGAAAAGGUUAAGUACUUAAUUUUAGAAGUGAGAUGACAUUGAUGCAGUCACCAAGAACUUGUCAGUUAACACUUUUUCAAUGCUUUUUCUUUUUUCCUCUAUUGAGAUAGAAUUGUGGGAGUUUUAGUUGUGAAGUUUUUACUAUGCUACACAAACAAAGGGAAGUUAGACAUGCUUUGACUACUUUCUUGGGGCAUCGGCUUAUGGAGCAAAAGUGUCCUGAAAGAAAACUUUGUGUAUUUAAUGCUAUGUGUACUAUGGAAAUAUGCUGCAGUGGUUUGAUAUUUUUCCAUACCAUCAUUUCCACAUAACCUCUCCUAAUGUUUACUUAUAGUGCAAUUAUUAUUGUGUCUUUAGAAAACUUGGUGAGUUAAAGCUCUGUUCUAAUGUAGUAGCUGUGAGCAAUGAUUUGGCCCUUUGUGUUGUACUAAAGAUAAGUACUUGGGCUUGUACAUUGAACCCCAACGCUUUUUUUGGAGUAUCAAAAUUCAUUAGGUUUUUGUGUAAUGCUGUUUAUUUUUUCUAGUAACUGUUGUGGAUAUUGUAAGAUUACUUAUAACAAUGUACAACCUGUCAUUGUCAGGGCAUUUUCUUGUAUGAUCAUUUUUUAAGGUGAUAUGAAGUGUCAAUGUUGUAGCCCUGAUUCUCAAAAGCCUGAAAAAGACAGCUAUAACAGGAACAGAUUUGUUUUAAGACAUACGUCUUUACAGCUAUCCACAUGCUUUGCCAAUUCCUUUUAAGGGAUUUUUCAAUGACAGAUUUUCAUGACAUGUCAUUAAUACACAACAAAAAGGGUCAUUGCUGGGGGUCUGGCAGCAGAGACUUGCAAGGCGUAUGAGAUGAGGGGGUUGCCAUUCCAUUUUUGGAGGUUGGCUUGUAUGUCUUAGAUGACAAAUCAUAAUAUUCUGUCAUUAGAAAAGCUUUUAAACUGAGACAUAUACGCAGCACUUAACUAGAAUGUGCACAUUAACACUAUGAUGUCCAUAAUGUACAAAAUAGUCAGAUUUCUCAAAUAUAGACAGGAAGACAUACAAUGAUAUUAUGUUAUCACUCUAAACCUAAAAGGGUAUUCUGCUUUUAGCAAAAAAAUUAAAUAAAAUGCAUAUUAACUGUACAGCAAAAAUACACUCCAUCAUAUUUUGUGUAUAGAUUCUGCAUUGUUUCCAAAAUAUCUGCUUGUAGUCAAAUAUCAGUCCUGCUCAGGUGAUGCUUACAUAGGUGCACAGCGUACAAGAGGAAGCUCUGAUGCAUUAUACUUUAACAAGUCAAGCACCUGUGUUAUCACUAGACUACAGAAGGUUUAUUUUCCUCUCCGAGGACUAGCUUUAGUAGUUUCUUUGCUGCCCUAUAUUAGUUUCUAAGAUGUAGGAUGAUAAAAUACCUAACAUGAGGAAGAGCAAAGAAUAAAGACAUGUUUAGACUGCUAUUUCAUAGCACAAUUAUGGGAGAAAAUAUAGUUAUCAAUGUUUAAGAAAUUUGUACAGUGGCCUUAUACAUAAUAAACUUUUUCACAUACCUACUUAACACUCCACACCCACUGAUAAGCAGGUCCCUUAUUCCUCUAAAUAAUUUGUUCUAGAGUGGUUUUAGAUAAGAAAAAUGCAAGCACAACAAUAUUGACUACACUUCCUAUCCACCCACCCACAGAAAAAAUAGACUACUGCAAUGUACCAUAUCAGAAAAUACUAGUGCAUUAUAUAAGCUAUUAGAUGAUAAAUGUUGUUUGAAUGUUCACUCUCUGGCACUCCACUUCUGUGGAGUGUGGCAUCGUGAAGACUUCAUUUGUAUUGGUGGUUCACUGAUCACUAGAAUGAUGUCUAUAAAUGAGGCAAGAUUCAUAAAUUUUUUUUCCUCUUAGGGUAGGGCCACAUGUGUUGUAUUUUGUUGCAUAUUUGCUGCUGCAUAUUUAUCCAUUGAAGUCAAGGGGUAGCAAAAUCAGCUGCAGAAAAUGCAUAGCAAAAUAUGGCACAUGUGACCCUACCCUUAAAGUGUUGCACAUAUAUGUAGUGAUUUGUCAAAGCAAAGGUCAUGCAAAUGUUAUACAUAACAUUCUGUACUAGGGUAGGGUCAAACGUAGCGCAUGCGCAUUGGAUAUGGCGCUGAGGAUAUGCUACUGACCAUCCCUAGAGUGUGCCUCCUGCUGUGCCCUGCUUUGUCUGCUUGUAGUAAUCUGUGAGUCGAGUGCAUGUGCAGUGUGCUCACAGACAUCGUGGCCACUCUUGACCUAGCUCAGACGAGGGAGGGGAUGCAAUGUCUGUGAGUACACUGCGCAUGUGCGCUUGACUCACAGAUCACUGUGUGUCUUCUCGUAGGGGUGGAUUGUUGCUAUGAGCAGACAAAGCAGGACACAUGGGCAUAGCAGGAGGCACACUCUAGGGAAAGUUAGUAGCGCAUCUGCUGCGUAAAAUAUGCUGCGCAUGCACUAUGUGUGACCAUGCAGUCACCAUUGUAUUGCUAUUAGGGUAUAAAAGCAAACUGUAUCUUCCCUGGAGCUGAUGGUGGUUCAUAAUAUUAUAAAACCCCUUUUUUUAUAAGGAGCUAGUAUAGAAAAGGGAGGAAAAAAAGCAACAAGAGGUGGGCCCCUAGUGAGGAACGUUUAUCAGUUGAAUCAGAGGAGAAACAAAGAUGGGUUCUUACCCCUAGGUGUUGCGCUCAGAUCACAACACCUACAGUAGCGUCUGGAGAGAAAGAAAGGCGGGACCGCUGCCACGAGGAACUUCCCGGGGCGAUGUCAGUCUAUCCGGUGGAAGUGCAACAAAGAAGUUUAGGAAAUAGGUUCCUCAAAUGAAGGCGCUG